AUGUUACAGGACAUUGAACUUGGUGGUAACUAUAAAGAAUCAGAAAAUUUAUCUGAAACGAGAAUGUCAGAGUGUGACAAUAAUAGUAAUGAUAGACAGUUGCAAAUAAACGAAGACAUUCCGUUCAAUUACAAUAAAGCUUGUAACCGGUCAAUACAAGAGGAAGUAGAACAAGAAAUAGAAGAAGAGCAACAAGAAGUAAAAGAAGAGCAACAAGAAGUAGAAGAAGAGCAGGAUAUGAAACAAGAAGAAGAAACAAUCUUACCGAACGAAUACGAUAGCGAAGAUUCAAUGGAAUCGGAACGCGAUGUUGAUAACAAAAUAAAUAUUGGUAGAUUGCAGACAAAUCUAGUGCAAUGGAGUCAUGCAAACAAUAUAUUUAUUCAAAUGGAACAUGGACUGUACUGUCAUUUUGGAAUAGAAAAGGGCUUGCAGCAUAUAAUUGAACUCAAUGAUGGCCUCAGGUGUCUACCAGAAGAAGUACAUUUAUCUGUUAAUAUAGAUGGACUACCUCUUGCUAAAAGUUCCAAGAGCCAACUAUGGCCUAUUCUUGGGAGUUUUAGAAAUUUUAUAAAUAAGAGACCAUUUUUAAUUGGAGCCUUUCACGGGUAUGGGAAACCACCAGGCAUUGAAUUAUAUUUACGAAUGUUUAUCGAAGAAGCUGAAAACCUAAUUCAAAAUGGCUUUACUUAUGCUGGCAAGAACAUUCCAUUCAUAAUUGAUUGCUUCAUAUGUGACGCUCCUGCGAGAGCUUAUGUUUGCUCUAUAAAAAGUCAUAGCGGAUUUUAUGGGUGUCCAAAAUGUGAGACUAAAGGUAUCUAUCAAGGAAAAGUAGUAUUUCCAGAAAUGAAUGCUUCGUUGCGUACCAAAGAAUCAUUUAUCAAUCAAACCCAAAUUGAACACCAUACUGGAGUAAGUCCCUUGUUAAAACUUAACAUAGAUUUCCCAAUUCCCCCACGAUUAUAUGCAUUUGGUACUACUGGGACAAGUGAAAAAAUGCUGAAAUUAAUGACCGGAAAAUUAAAUCCAAUGAAACUGGGAACACAACAAGUUCUCGAGAUUUCACGUAGACAACUUGCAUUAAGAACACACAUUCCAUUAGAAUUUGCUCGAAAACCCAGAGCAUUAGAUGAGCUUGAUCGAAUGAAGGCAACCGAAUAUAGAGAAUUUCUCUUGUAUACUGGACUAAUAGUUCUUCGUAAAGUCGUAAGACAGGACAUAUAUGAGCAUUUUCUUAAAUUAUCAAUAGCUAUACGUAUCUUAGCAACUCCUGAAAUAGAUGUAGAACAAAACAGGUACGCAAAAAAUUUAUUACAAGAGUAUUUUACCGACUUUUUAUUAUUGUAUGGAAUAAACAAUGCUACAUAUAAUACACAUGGAUUGUUACAUCUGGCUGAUGAUGCUUUACAAUGGGGAGCAUUAGACAAAUUUUCCGCAUUUAUUUUCGAAAACUACUUGCAAGAAAUCAAGAAAAUUGUGAGAAAAAGUGAUAAACCUCUUCAGCAAAUAAGUAACAGAGUUUCUGAAUUAAGAAGAAAUUGUGUUACCGUUGAAAUUAUCGAUCGCAUUAAUACCUAUAAAUUAAGGAGAGAAUGUUACAAUGGACUCUUGAUAAAUGAUUGCAGACCGCCGAUGUACUACUGUGUCCAAAAAUAUACAAAGAUUCAAUUCCAACAUUUUACAAUUACUACAAAAGCUCCUAAUAACUGCUGCAUAAUGAAAGAUGAUAGUAUUGUUAUGGUAGAAAAUAUUUGCCAUCGUAAUAAUAGUAUUGUCAUUAUUGGCAAACUUGCGAAAAAUGGAAAAUCGUUUUUUAAUUCUCCAGCACCAUCGACUUGCUUCGGAAUAGUACAAUUUCCUGGCGAAUACAGUUCUUUGAGAUCGUUUCCAAUUGAAAAUAUAAAAAAUAAAGGCGUCGUUCUUCCUAUUUUUGAACAUCGCCACAACAAUAUCGUAAUAUUUCCAUUGAUACACAGUCAGUAAUUAUCUAUUAAUUAUUUAAAUAUUUCACUAUAUA